ACAGUUCAAUACGUGCGCCACAAAAUGUGUUGAUUCAUGCAUUCAUCGAUCGUUUAAACGUUAUAGAUAAUAUGGUUACUAUUUUCAACAUAAAUAUAUAUAUAUAAAAGAAAAAACUUAACUCAAUUAAUAGUUUUUUUUUGUUACAUAUGCGAUUUUGUUUUUUUCAUUCUCGUGGCGAUUCAGAAUUUGGUAAUUCUUAAGGCGGACACUGUCGUGCCUUGAUGACGUCACGGCAAUGGCCGCUCUCUUGGUUUAGAGCAGGGGUUAUGAUUCUGUGCGUAAAACAAAAUUAUUUCAAUAAUUACAUUGUUUCUACUUCAAACUCUGAAGCCGAGAGACGGGAUAACAGCAACGCCCAGUAUUCCUGCCUCAAUAGACGUACAGGUUGGAAACGAAUAACCUCUACCAAUGGAUGUGCCUGAAAGUCCAAAUCAUGACCCAAAAUCCCCAGAUGCAGAAGAGCAACAAAUCUCCGACACCGAACUUCUGAAGGAUGAACUCUGUGAUGAGGAUGGAGAGGAGGGCGGCAGAGACUCAGACCUAGAGGAUGAGGAGGGAGAGCAGGCCACUGAUCGCGAGGAAGAGGAGCUGGAGACGGUGGAUUCGGAGCAGGAGGGGGAGAACAAUCGCUCGGAGGAAGAAGAGGAUCUAGGCAGCGAGGCAGAGGUGCGCAGUGAGGCCAAAUCUCAGGACUCUGAUAACGAGCAGAGCCAGGAGAAGGUUGUUUCACCUGUUAACAGGGAAGAGGGAGAGGAGGAAAGAGAUGAGGAGAGGGUGAGGGUAGAGGAGCAGGAGCAUGAGGAAGAAGAUAGGGUGAACAAUCUGAAGGAUGAGUCCUCCUCUGUGAAUCGAGACUUGGAUGAGCAUGAACUAGAUUAUGAUGAGGAGGUACCAGAAGAACCAAGCACUGUGGCACCCGGAGAGGAGGGAGAGGAAGAGGAUGAGGAGGAGGAGGAUGAGGAGCUGAAAAAAAGGCUGAAGGAAGAGACGGCAGCCAAAAAAAUAGAGCAACAACAGAAGCCCCCCAUAAGGAGCCAGAGAGAUUCCUUCAGGGAUAAAAAGAAAGAUGAAGAUGACGGGGAAAUUGAUGAAGGUGAAAUCGAUGAUGACGACCUGGAGGAGGGAGAGGUGAAAGACCCAGCUGACAGGUGGAUCAGACCCCGCCGCAUCUGCAGAUUUUUCAUGAAAGGUAAUUGCACCUGGGGGAUGAAUUGCAGGUUUAUUCAUCCUGGGGUAAAUGAUAAAGGAAAUUAUUCUCUCAUUGCCAAACCUGACCCCUUCUCCCCUAAUGGGGGCCCCACUGCAGGACCUCACCCGCUUAUGCCAGCAAAUCCAUGGGGAGGACCAGCAGCUGAAGAAAUCCCUCCUCCGCCCCCAGUGGAGCCCCCUGCGGAGAGUGCCUGGGAAAGGGGACUCAGACAUGCUAAAGAGGUUCUAAAGAAAGCAACAAUACGAAAAGAGCAGGAGCCAGAUUUCGAGGAGAAAAGGUUUAACGUCACCAUUGGAGAGGAUGAGAGGGAUUUUGACAAAGAGAAUGAUUUCUUUAGAGAGAGAAGUUACCGGAUAACAAGAGAAGUUCGGGAACCAGGGAAUGAUCCUUAUGUUGAUCCCUACUAUGACUAUGAAAUGGAAUGCUUAUGGAGAGGUGGACAGUAUGAGAAUUUCAGAGUUCAGUACACAGAAACAGAGCCCUAUCCCUACAGGGAAAGAGAGAGGGAGCGGGACACUCGGGAUCUUCGAGACCGGCAGCGUGAGAGGGAUCGGGAGCGUGAGAGAGACCGAGAGAGGGAACGGCGACAGAGAGAGCGCGAAAGAGAGAAGGAACGAGAGAGGGAAAAGGAGAGGCAGCGCAGGAAAGAGGAGUGGGAGAGGGAUCGCCUCAAGAGGGAUGAGAAGGAGCGACCUCGGGAAAGGAAGAGAGAAGGAGAAAAGGAGAAGGAGAAGGACAAGGAGAAGGAGAAGGACAAGGAGGAGAAGAAGGACAAAGAGGAGAAGAAGGAGAAGGAGAAACCGAAACCCAGAUCACCACCCCCACCAAACAGACAGAUUGAGCCGCCGCCCAAGAAAGACAUGGGGCUUCCAAUGAUCAAGCGACCAGACGAGUGGCAGGACCCUUGGCAGCGAUCAAAAUCCCCAAAAAAGAGGCUUGGUGUGAGCGGUUCUCCAAUCAGGGGGCGUCGGAGACACAGACCCUCUGGGUCUUCUGUUUCUCUGUCCAACUCCUCAAGGUCGUCGUCACGAUCAUCUUCGUACUCGGGCUCUGGCUCCUCUCGCUCCAGAUCUCGCUCCUCCCGCUCCUCCUACAGCUCUUAUUCGAGUCACUCCUCCCGGCACAGCUCCUUUUCAGGGAGCCGGUCCAGAUCAAGGUCAUUUUCCUCCUCUCUUUCUCUUUCACCGACUCCUUCAGCUCAGAGGAAUGCUGCGAAGACUAAAGCUGAUCCAUCGGUGCCCCCUGUCAAGGGUGAUAAGCCUGUGAAGAAGCCACCCACCCCUCCGCUCCCAGGGCCUCCUGGAAAGGGUGCAAAACCAGUCCCUGAGGCGGGGAAGCCAGCUGAUACCCGGGAAGGCAAGAGGAAGGCUCGCCAACAGCAUAACCCACCCAGGCGGCGAACAGAGAGUGGCAGUAUCAGCGGCAGUGCCAGUAGCUUCUCCGGCUCCAGCUCCCACUCCCGAUCCCCCUCCCUGUCCAGCGUGUCGUCUGUAUCCAGCGCCUCUUCAAGCAGCAGUUCUAUACGCAGCGCGGACUCUGAAGAUAUGUACGCAGACCUGGCCAGCCCAGUGUCCUCUGCCAGCUCGCGAUCACCAACCCCAGCGCAGCCCAAAAAGGAGAAAGGAAAGCCUAAAAAGGAAGAUCCUGUCAAAGAGGAGAGGAGGAAACAGGAGUCCCCUGCACAGCCCUCCAAAACCUCCUCGGGUCAGAAAUCAGGGAGCAGCAAAACCUCCCAGCACCCUGCACACCAUCACCACCAUCCCCAGCAUCAGCCGCCACCACCGCAGUCACAAGCGCAGUCCGGGUAUGGCUCGCACAAGGAUAUCAAACUAACGCUGCUCAGCAAGCACGCUGAGAGGGGAAACAGGAAGAGAUACCAACCAUCAGAUAAAGAGAGGCCAUCGUCUCCACUGAGCAAACGCAUAGCCAUGUCACCUGAGAGAGGUCGUGACAGAAGAUUGCCUGGACGGCCACUUUCACCCAGACUAGAGCGUCCAAGAGGGCAGAACCAGCGACCACCGCCAGCGCAAAUGGAGAGGAAACGUCCCCUAUCUCCUCAACCUAAAGCUUCAAGCAAAACCCCAAGUGUGUCAGGCAAGCCCCAGACGGCCGGAUCGGCUCCUUCUGCCAAAUCAAGCAAAGCCAGCACACUGUCACGGCGGGAGGAACUCCUGAAGCAACUGAAAGCUGUGGAAGAUGCCAUUGCACGCAAACGAGCAAAAAUCCCCGGAAAAGUAUAGUCAACAAAACAGUGCAGAGACAGGUAUCAAGAUUUUAUAUUCAAAAAAUCGUAAAAUAAAGACAACUAAACAGCAAAACAGAGGUGGGGCAGAAAACUUCAGUACAGUUUCUUAUUUAAUGGGAAAACUUUUGAUAUGUUUUUCAUAUCAAAAGAUAGAUUCUUUGCUGUGGACUGUGACUAUUAGACCCCUGAUCAUACUGCACCAGAAAAAAAAAGUUGGGAAACAACACUUUCACGACCAGUAACAGUUUGGUAUGUAAUAUUUCAAGAGACCAGAAUAUCAGCCCUCAUUCAAAAUGUAGGGACUUUCUUAACCAAUGAUCUCUAUUCUAGUUAUUCUGUGCAUUCUGUGUUAUUCAAUGUUGUAUACUUCAAUUUCUUACAGUGUACAAUUGUUGAAAGAAUGACUGAUGUGAAGUAUUUGCCAUACUUGUUUUUAACCUGGCAAAAGUUUCUUUUUUCUUUUUUUUUUUUUCCCCCAGAUCUUCCUAAAUAAAAUAAUCAUUCUUUUAUUUGUCCCGUAUUUUUAGUUAAUACAGAUAGUGUACCUGUGUUAUUGGGAUGUCGGCCUAAUAGGAGUAGGACUGCAUCUUGGUUUCCUGGCAAAAAAUAAACUAUUUUGAUAAAGAGUUGUUCAUUUCUUUCUGUGUGUUCCCUGGAUGGAUCUUUCAUUUUGUUGUUAUUGUGUUUGACCCCAAAACCGAUCACUUAAUUAGCUGCUUCAAAUUUGUAUUGUGUUCUCUUACAUUUUUUUGUUUUUUAUUAAUAUUUUUUAAUAGUCUGAUUGAUUGAGGUGGUUCUACAGCUAUGGCCAACAGUUUUGCAUCACCUAGAAUUUUAGUAUUGAGACAAUAAAAAAAUAAUGAUAGAUAGAUAAAUAAACAUAUUUUAGAUAUUUUAUUUAACAUUAUGCAAUCAAAAAAACUACAAAAUUAUAUUGCAAGUCAAGCCGUAAUAGUAGUAUAGUAUUUCAUGUCAGAUUUCGGAAUGUCCCAUUUUUCAGUUUCUGUUUUUUAAGUAUAUGGGAAAACUACAAAGCUGUACGUAAUUUAAUAUGUUAACAUAACAUUAUUCAGCAGGUGCCAUUCGACUUAAUGAAGCAAAAUUAGUUUAUUCUAUAGGGUGAUGCGAAACGUUUGGCCAUAGCUGUUUUGAAAUUACCAUAACAAUGGCAAGAAGACAAUAAAGAGCAAGCAAUUGUUUUUAAAGCAAGUCUUUCCAUUCUAUUGCGAAAAUGUCAACCUAACAGAAUGGGUAAAAGCAUUUUAUCCAAUGAAAAGAAAGUAUAUCGAAGAUUUAAACAUGCUCCUGCCCCUUUAUAAUAUUUCUAAUAGAAUCUGGGUUACAUUAGGUACCCUUUAGUUUUCAACUAGCUUAUCCCAUUCUCAUACAACCUUUCAAUGGAUUGUCUUAAGCAGUUUUUACAACUGCAUUUAGGAGUAGCCAGAAGCAUUUAGGUGAUAUACUGUUAAUUUUGUAGCAAGAAGUGCCUGGCUGUCUGUACAGUUUUAUGCCACACUAAGUUUUUGGCAUCUAGAGAACCGCUUCUCCAAUUAGGAUGAAACUUGGUAAGGGCUUUUUGUGACAGUAUAAAAGCAUGGGGAUAUAAAAGGACUAUAUCAUGCAUAUCCUGUCACACCUGAAAUGUAUUCAGGAAGGAACAAUAGUUUCAAUAGUUUACUUUGUUUCCUGGAAACAAAUCAGUAAGCCCGACUUUUUUGGUUAACAUCUAUUGCUAGAGAGUUCUUGGAGGCAAACAAAAAAAUGAUAUUAUACAUUUAUAUUAAUAUUGUUAGGAAGUUGCAAUUAACUUAAGGGAGCACCUACUAUAAUUAUUAGAUUUUAUAAAGGGCAUGAGUCACUAAUGCAGUAUUUUAAUUCUAAUUCUGACCUACAGUUUGAUUGAGAGAAAGUGCUAUCGACAUGCCAUGGGAAAAUGAAAAACGGAGGUGGGCUGAAAUGUGUAUCGGUUUCUGUAGACCAGCUGUACAAUAGAACCCUGCACGUGCAAGCCUCUUUUUUUGUUUUCCACAAGUCCUAAGAUGUAAUUUUAAGUAAAAAUAAAAUUGGUGUGAUUCAUG